AUGUUUGUUAUCUCUCGUAGUCGUGUCGACACUGGGAGCGCUUUGGAAGAGCAUGUGGAUAUGGUCGGGACGGUUGGAAAUAUUUACAGCGUGACUAUUUCAUUGCAGCCUUCCUGCACGUGUCCAGAUGCCCUCAAGGGGAACCAGUGCAAACACAUCAUAUACGUACUCGUGAAUGUGCUGAAAGUCCGGGAGGAUCUCCGGUAUCAAUUAGCUUUUCUCUCUUCGGAACUGCAGGAGAUAUUUGAUAACGCCCCACUGGAAACGAAGGAUGAUGCUUCUUUUUCCAGCUCGGAUAAGGAGUCUGAUGGGAAGCGCAAACCCAUUGAUGGUGAAUGUGCAAUCUGUUAUAUGGAAUUUCAGCCAGAGACCGAAAAGAUCAUAUGGUGCGAAACAAGCUGUGGAAACAACAUUCACAAAGCUUGCUUUGAUCAAUGGGCUGCCAGUUCACGAGAGAAUGGCGUUCGAUGCGUUUAUUGCCGUGCCGAAUGGCCAACUACCAACCCGAGAGAUCUCGAUAUGAAAUCUCUCAUGGGCAACGCUGAGUAUAGCGAAGAUGGCUACCUCAAUGUCGCAAAUGCGGUUGGUUUGUCUGGAGAACGAGAUUAUUCGACAUACAACAGGUUCUGGAGGCGGCGUCAUUUCGGCCGAGGUUACGGCUCCUAUUAUGGUUACGAUGAUGAGUAUGAUUAUUAG